AUGCCGUGCUGGCACAUCAAUGUCGUCUGCAAUGGCAUGCUAUUUGAAUUGAACAAGUGUCAGGCAGGCCUUUGGCCUCCUUCCUCCUUCCUGCUGCUGCUGCUGUUCGAGUUCUCAAUUCAGUAUUUCGUUGUUGUUAUGGUAUUUCGUAUUUGGUAUUCGGUAUACGGUAUAUUUGCAUGCGGAGUGUACGACAAUGCUCUCAAAACUCAAAAUAUUAACACUUUAACGCCAAGUUUUUUAUCCGGCUGCCGGAAGCAGACACAACACACAACCCUCCUCCCCCUUCUAUACACACACAGAGUACACACACACUUACACACACACAUAAACCUUAGCGGUCGUUACGGCGCCAAAACGCCAUGUUGGAUUAUUCAACUCGACGCCAUUUCGCGUCACAAUGCGCGCUAUGCGCCCGCCGUCAUUGCACUCGACAGCAACGAGGCAACGUAGCGACGUUGGCUGCGGCACAUGCCGCCAACACAGCAGUAGCAACAGCAAUAG